AUGGGCACUUCCGAUGAACGUUCUGCUGCGGAGAGCCGCCAUCGAGCUGUGGAAUUCAUCAGAAUGUCGUCAGCUGCCAGGAUAUUGUGUACGGCUAGCUUAGGAGCAAUGGUUUGGCCCCGAGGGCUAUCACAGCUUGCGUUGUGCCGAGUUUUCGAUGUUGCAAUACAGGACGCCUCGUGGCCCACACGCCUGGAAGGUCUGGCAUUAGUGAAGUUCCAUCAGGCUAAUGCCGGAGUCGUGUGGCCAGCGUUCCUGAAACAGCUAUCGUUGGACGACUUCAAUCAGCCUCCGGAGGGAGUCGUGUGGCCGGCGUCCCUGCAACAGCUAUCGUUGGGGAACGACUUCAAUCAGCCUAUGGAGGGAGUCGUAUUGCCGGCGUCCCUGCGACAGCUAUCGUUCGGGACAACGUUCAAUCAGCCUAUUGCCGAAGUCCUGUGGCCAGCGUCCCUGCAACGGCUACAAGCUGGGCCAGCCAAGAAGCUCACUUUCGUUGUUUCGCCUCUCACGCUGCCGAUUCCACGAGUUAAGGCUUGA